UCUCUCUCUCUCUCAGUCUCUAGGUUGCUGUCGACAACUGAAUGCAAUGAGUCGACAACUGAAUGCAAAAGCUUUUGGUGGUGGGAAGAGAUUUAGCGCUGGUUCUGCCAUUGUUUUCGGAGGAGGAAGGAGUCAAAGGAGUAUGGGAGGAGGAAGUGGAAGCUAUGGUCUUAACAGUCAGAGCCUUUAUAAUCUUGGAGGAACGAAAAGUAUUUCCCAGAGUGUGGUUCCAGGAGGCCUUCGACAUGGAAGUGGAUUUGGUGGUGGUGGUGUGCUUAGUUUAGGUGGCUUUGCUGCUGGUGGGCGGGCUAAUGGCAGCUUUGUCAAUGGAAGAAAUGGGCUUAGCUCUUUUGCUUAUCCAUCGGGACAUAUCCAGGAAGUGACAGUUAACCAGAAUCUCCUAGCACCACUUAACCUGGAAAUUGAUCCAAAAAUCCAACAAGUGCGCAAGGAAGAGAGGGAGCAGAUCAAACACCUUAAUGACAAAUUUGCAUCUUUUAUUGACAAGGUUCGAUUCCUGGAGCAACAAAAUAAAAUCUUAGAGACCAAGCUGAACUUUCUGCAACAACAGCCCAUUUCCCACCUAAAGAGAAAGGAUGGCCAUCUCCUUGAAGCCUACAUUCAUGGCCUGAGAAAGCAGCUGGAGUCUCUGAGCAAUGACAGAGGAAGGCUGGGCUCAGAACUGAAGCAUAUGCAGGAUGUGGUCGAAGAUUUUAAGAAACGGUAUGAGGAAGAAAUCAACAAGCGCACAACUGCUGAGAAUGAAUUUGUCCUGUUGAAAAAGGAUGUAGAUUUAGCAUAUAUGAACAAGGUGGAGCUGGAGGCCAGGACAGCUUCUCUGGUUAAGGAGGUCAAUUUCCUGAGAUCCUUGUAUGAGGAGGAGCAGGCACAGAUGCAAAGACAGGUAAAUGACACAAGCAUCAUCCUCUCCAUGGACAACAAUCGAGAUCUGGAUGUGGAUGAUAUCAUCACUGAAGUCAAAGCUCAGUAUGAAGAUAUGGCCAAUAGGAGUCGAGCCGAAGUAGAUGCCAUGUACCAAAACAAGUUUCAGGAACUUCAGCUUACAGCUGGGAAGCAUGAUGAUGCCUUGAAAAACUCCAAGAUGGAAAUUUCGGAACUGAAUCGAUUGAUCCAUAGGCUGAGAGCAGAGACAGACACUGUGAAGAAACAGUGUGCUUAUCUUCAGUCAUCUAUUGUUGACACUGAAGAACGUGGAGAGAGAGCACUUAAAGAUGCCAGAGAAAAAUUGACUGAAUUGGAAAACGCAAUACAGAAAUCUAAGGAAGAGUUGACCCAUCUUUUGAGGGAUUACCAGGAACUUUUGAAUAUUAAGCUGUCACUUGACAUUGAAAUUGCCACUUACCGGACACUCCUGGAAGGCGAGGAAUGCAGGAUGUCAGAAGAAUGUGGAGGUGCUGUAAACAUAUCUGUAGUUAACAACAGUGGCACGGUUGGAGGAAAUGGCCUAGGCCGUGUUGCGAGACUGAGUGGAGGAGGAGGAAGUACAAGUUCUGGAAGUAGCAAGGGUAUUGUGGGAUAUAGUUCUGGAGGUGGAGGAAGCAGUCCUGGCCUGAAAAUUAUAUCGACAACUUCUACAAGCAAAAGGACAACAAUAAGAUGAACCAUAAACAAAAUUCCCUAAAAGAUCAAAUUGAUCACUUACAAAUAUUUGAGGGUUGCAAACACUAAAUGUCUGCUGUGGAAAAACUUGCCCUUUGUGUGAUUGAUUGUGUUUUUAAUGGCUUCAUAGAGAUCACAUUCUUUUAGCCAGUGAAUUGGACAACAGUAACAACAACUAGCAAAUUAUCAAGAAAGAAUAAUGUCUGAGGGACAUUUUAAUUUAACAUUUCUGCCAUUUAAAUGUCAUGGACCUAUAUGACCUAAACCCUUUGAAAUAUAGCAAAGAACGGUGCACUGAAGAAACCUCUGCUAGUAUCCAUAGUCACCAUGGAAAAGGAGAUAACAGUUUCAGCAGUCCAUGCACAGUAUGUGUUGAGCUUGCAAGUAUGUUUUUCGUUUUCUGUUUCAUGCUGUAAUGGUUGAGACAUGGAUGCGGGCUUUUUUAAUGCAGCAGCAAAACAAGGCAUCCAAUCACAAUUCUCAUUACCACUAAGCAUUUGCCUUUAUCUGUAUUUUGCACAUAUCCUUCUCCCUGAAAUUCACCUAUGGUUUGUUCCUGAUUCAAUUAUUUUUAAAAUGAAAAAGGAUCAAUUAUUUUCUUUGUUAUUGUUUUUCCCAAAGGCCCCUUCCUUUCACUGCACCAUUUUAGCACUAUGAAUCCUGAGAUGGUGACCUGCUCUACUAUAUCCACACUAUAUCUGACUUUUUAGAAUUUGAAAUUUAAAAAAAAUCAAAAAAAAAUUAACCACCAGUUUGAAAAAAAGAGAAAGCUCAGAGAGCAGGUGACAUAAAUGAUCUCUGUUUGAGCAGUUCUUGAGCUAUGCGCUGGGAUGGAUGGACAAAGAGUCUGAUCUCAUAGAAGAUGGUGUCCUAUAUUUCUAUAUAAAUGAAGUCCACAUUAUUAGGUUCCAUCUACUCCUUAUAUGGGAGACAGAUAGCAUGGAAAAGCGUGAGGAUCAACAUCACACUAAGCUGUACAGAAAAGUCUGAAAAUGUUAGUUAAGGCUAAGAAGAUUAUAUUAAAUUGUUAAAGACAGUGAAUUAACAUUAAAAUGUUAAGAAACUAUCAUACAUAAAAUACAUUCCUAGUUUUUAAUUCAUUAGUGGUUAAUGCAAAAAUACAAAUUUCCAAAAUGGAUCAGAAUUGUUGAAAAACUGAGCACAUUACUCCUGGGUUUCUAUGCAGAAUUCCUUACCCUAUUCCAAACAAAUCCAAAUACAAGCAUUCACAGCACAAUCACAUAGCAACUCUUUAAUUUUUCCCCUUAACUUUGAACAAGAUUUGGUCUUACUAUAUGUGUGUGUGUGUGUGUGUGUGUGUGUGUGAGAGAGAGAGGCUCUAAACUUAUAGUUAAAACUAUUCACCAAAAAGGCUUA